AUGAAAAAAGAAAAUACGACAGUGGUGACAGAAUUUGUUUUCACAGGACUUACACAUCAACCUCAGUGGAAAAUCCCUCUGUUCCUCUUCUUCUUUGUGGUGUAUCUUAUGACUGUUUUGGGAAACUUCAGUCUGAUUGGUCUCAUCUGGAAGGACCCUCAUCUGCACAUCCCCAUGUAUUUAUGUCUCGGCAACUUAGCAUUUGUGGAUACAUGGUUAUCAUCCACAGUGACACCGAAUAUGUUGCUCAAUUUGUUAGACAAGAACAAGUUGAUCUCUUUCUCUGAAUGUAUGAUUCAGUUUUAUUCUUUUGCAGUCAGUGCAACUGCAGAGUGUUUCAUUUUGACAGUAAUGGCUUAUGAUCGCUAUGUAGCCAUCUGUAAACCUUUACUUUAUCCAGUGAUUAUGACCAACAAACUCUGUAAGCAGCUGUUAGUUUUAUCAUAUUUUGGUGGUUUAACUCAUGCUGUCAUUCAUGAAAGUUUUUUAUUCAGAUUAGCAUUCUGUAAAUCCAACAUAAUUUAUCACUUUUAUUGUGAUGUUAUACCAUUGCUAAAGAUUUCCUGUACAGAUCCUUCUCUUAAUUAUCUCAUGCUUUUUAUCUUCUCUGGUUCAAUACAAGUAUUCUCCAUUAUGACUAUUCUUAUCUCUUACACAUUUGUUCUUUUUACAAUGUUAACAACAAAGUCUGAAAAGGGAAUGAGAAAAGCCUUUUCCACUUGUGGAGCCCAUCUCCUAUCUGUGUCUUUGUACUAUGGUCCCCUUCUUAUCAUGUAUGUGCAUCCUGCAUCUUCACAAGCAGAUGACAAAGAUAUGUUCCUCUCUUUGUUUUAUACUGUCAUAAUUCCUGCUUUAAAUCCAAUUAUCUAUAGUCUGAGAAACAAGCAAGUCAUACAGUCUCUGAAAAAAAUAAUGAAAAGAAAUAUUUAG